AAAAAAAUAAAAAAAAAAAAAAUUUCUUAAUUUUUUUUUUUGAAAAAAAAAAUGCUAUCAUUAAUAAAUAAUAUGAAUAAGACACCACAAGAAAUACGUUGGAAACCCAAAGAUCUCGCUCGCAUCUUAUAUUACAUUAAUGAUCAUUUUGAUGAAUGGUAUAAUGAUAAUUAUAACUUUUGUGUCAAAGCAAAAGAAAAUACCGGCGUUAUUUGGGACGCUAGAUCAAUUUAUAAUAUGGUUCAUACCCUGUUUAAGGUCACAGAAGAUUAUCUUAAGGUAGGUACUAAGUCAACAACAUGCACCAUUAUCUGGGAAAAUAGAGAAAUCUACGAUUUGAUGAAACAAAUUUACAUGAGGACUAAUAAAAGAAUGAAAGAAAGCAAUCAAAGAGUUACAAGAGGCCAUAAGAACGACGGUCACAUUUUAAAUUCUGACCAAAUUACAAUUGAAGCACUAAUGGACAGGCCCUGUUUGAUCGAGGAGAUUUUUCAUCUUUGUGAUGAAAAAAUUCAAAAAGUUGUCAAUUCGGCGGCAAAAUCGAUAGAAAAUGCUGAAGCUGAAUAUAAUGAACGAAUCAAUCAAAUUACUCGAUAUCGGUCUGAACUUAUAAAAAGGAUUAGUGAAACUAAUAAGAUGUGUGAAGAGUUCAGAAAGUUUUAGUGUUCUUAUAUUAUAGGCUGAAGCAUAGUGUCUUUGAAAUUUUAAUUUUCAUAAUGGAUUAGUCCAUACAAAUUUAACAAAAUAAGUUUGGUGUUCCUAUAGAUAUUUCACAAAUUUAUUUAAUUAAAAAUUAACUUAAAAUUCUUCGUUCUUUUAAUCUUUAAAAUUUAGACUUUAAUAAAAAUAUUCUUUUUUUUUUUUGU